AUGGCUCCUACACGACCAAGAAAGCAGGGCUCGACCGAGUCGAGCUCUUCGCAAAAGAAACACGCGACAUCGAGCGGCUCCGAUACCCCUUCAACACCACAACGAACCCCCAUCAAGAAACAACAGGCGGGGAUCACCUUGCAGCAGAAGCAAGCCUUGAUCGAGAACCUGCGACUAGAAAUCACUGAGCGAGCCCGUAGACUACGCGCCCAAUAUCAUCUCCAAGCGCAGGGCCUCAGGUCGCGAAUUGAAAUACGUCUCAACCGGAUACCAACUGCACUCAGGAAGGCCACUAUGGGCGACCUACUCCUCAAAUACGCAGAUCAGGCGCAACGGGGGCCCAAUCGCCCGCUACCGCUUCCCGUCAAAGAUCUGCCGAUACUUCCAAGUCCUCAAAAGCCUAUCCACCAAACCACUCGCGCGCCACAGGUUGGACGCGCCCAGAAGCGGUUGAGCAAUGAAAUUACUAUGGAUAAAGAGAAUGAGCUUCAAAAAGGCGAGCGUCCUAAGAAGAGAGCUCGCGGCUCAGAUGCUGGGCAAGUUCGCCCAGUACAGGUGUUAUCACCUACCUCGUCCAACUCUCGUUUGGCAAACCGCAGCCGCGCAACAUCCCCCACCAAGUCAUAUCUGUAUAAAUCCAGCUCUCCUCUGAAGACUGGCAGCCCAUCUCGACCGGCAAUUGCCACAAGUAUAUCAGAUAAAGCAGCGGGGAUGCGCACUGGAGGGUUCAGAAAAGUCACUACAACGUCCAACUCAAGCUCGAGCUCUAGCGGAGCAACACCGGCAGCGGCAGCGCGGACAAAGCGCACCGCAACGGCCAUACCUAGAGGCCUUCGAGCUAAAGCCGGAGCUCGAACGACACGCAGGGCUAGUGACAAUACCGAAUCGAGUGACGGAAGCGCAAAUACAGUGCUUCAAAAGACUGCAGGGAAGGGCAGUGGUACAAUUACAAGAAAACCAGUCCCGGGGAGUGCAAAGAAACCCAUUUCAGGAGGGAUAGCGAAGUCAACAGUGAAAGCAGGAACCGCUAUGUCGACCACUGCUACGGGGAGGACACUAAGGAAGAGAGGAUGA